AUGGAUAUGGUGAGGUUUGUGCUAAGUUUGCUGCUUGCGAGCGCGGCGGUUCUCUUGGGCUUGACCAGGGCUUCAGAAAUGCAAGUGAUUGACAUGCUGGAGCUGCACGAUGCCAGGCAGAGUGCGUCCGCGGUGGGAAAGAUGUCGGGGGCUCUGGGCUUCGUGUCGGACCUUUACCUGGUGUCAACUCUUCGUCUGCCACCCAAACUGGGAGGAGUGCUGUUGGGAGUCUACAACAAAGGCGACAACAGGAAGUACCUGGAGGUGGCCCUCAUGGGCAAGGUCAACAAAGUUCUGGUGCGCUACGUACGCGAGGAUGGUAAACUCCACACAGUGAACCUCCAGAACCCCGGCCUCUCCGAUGGACUCACCCAGUCACUCAUCCUCCGUGUGGGUGGGCUCCAACGAAACCACCUCCACAUGGAACUCUAUGUCAACUGCCGAUUGGCUGACUCAGCACAAGUCCUGCCAUCCAUGGUCCAGCUCCCAGCCGAGGCAGAGUCUGUGGAGAUACGCAACGGGCAGAAGGCCUAUGCCAGGCUACAGGGCUCAGUGGACUCUUUGCAACUGGCUUUGGGUGGCUCCAUAGCCAAAGCAGGAAUCCUUACCGACUGUCCGUUUCAGGGGGAUACAAAUUUUCAGAAUUCAGUUAGCGCAGAUGUCAAUGCCAUUCUGGGUGACCACACCAAGGCUUUGAUUGGCCAGCUGAUCAUCUUCAACCAGAUUCUUGGCGAACUCCGAGAGGACAUCAGGGAACAGGUAAAGGAGAUGUCUCUGAUUAGGAACACUAUCUUGGAGUGCCAAGUGUGUGGCUUCCAUGAGACCCACUCUCGCUGCGAGCCCAACCCCUGCUAUAAGGGCGUGGCCUGUACAGAGACCUGGGAGUACCCAGGGUACCGUUGUGGUGCCUGCCCAGACGGCAUGACGGGGAAUGGCACCCACUGCCAGGACAUUGACGAGUGUGCUCUAGCCCGGCCCUGUUUCUCGCCUGAGGGGUGCGUAAACACGGCCAAGGGCUUCACCUGUGAACCAUGUCCCGUCGGCUUCUCAGGACCCCUCCUUAGCGGGCUUGGGGUGGAGUUUGCCAAGAGCCACAAGCAGAAGUGCACAGAUGUGGAUGAGUGUGCUGACCUCUCCAAGUCCUGCGUGCCCAACUCUGUCUGCAUCAACACAGAGGGCUCGUUCAGGUGUGGUCCGUGUAAGGAGAGCUUCGUAGGCAACCAGACGGUGGGCUGUUUCCUGCGGAGGUCCUGCGCCACGCUGGGCUUCAACCCCUGUGACGUCAACGCCCACUGUGUCAUAAAGGGUGCUGCCAGGGUCUCCUGCGAGUGUAAUGUGGGCUGGGCAGGUAAUGGGCAUACAUGUGGUCCAGACACAGACAUCGAUGGCUACCCCGACCAGCCUCUCCCCUGCAUAGACAAUGACUAUCACUGCCGAGUCGACAACUGUGUGAACACGCCCAACUCUGGCCAGGAGGACGCAGACGGAGACGGUAUAGGUGACCAGUGUGAUGAAGAUGCGGAUGGAGACGGCAUCAGGAACGUGGAGGACAACUGCCGUCUGGUCCCCAACAAGGAUCAACAGAACUCGGACACAGACUCAUAUGGGGACACGUGUGACAACUGCCCCAACGUUCCCAAUGGAAGCCAGAAGGACACAGAUGGAAACGGGGCUGGGGACACCUGUGACAAUGACAUUGAUGGGGAUGGUAUCCCAAACGUGCUGGACAACUGUCCCAAGGUGCCCAACCCUAUGCAGACUGACCGUGAUGGGGAUCGAGUGGGGGACGCCUGUGACAGCUGCCCGGAAGUCAACGACCCCAUGCAGUCUGAUAUAGACAACGACCUGGUGGGAGAUGUGUGUGACACCAACCAGGACAUGGAUGGGGAUGGCCACCAGGAUUCAAGGGACAACUGUCCAGACGUCCCUAACAGCUCCCAGCUGGACUCAGACAAUGACGGCAUCGGCAACGAAUGCGACGAUGACGACGACAACGAUGGCAUUCCAGAUGCAAGACCUCCCGGGCCGGAUAACUGUCGUCUCAUCCCUAACCCCAGCCAGACAGACACUGAUGGAAAUGGCAUUGGUGACAUGUGCGAGAAUGACUUUGACAACGACUCCGUGAUAGACUUGAUUGACGUGUGUCCAGAGAGCGCUGAAGUCACAAUGACCGACUUCAGAAACUAUCAGACGGUCAUCCUGAACCCGGAGGGCGAUGCCCAAAUCGAACCCAAGUGGAUUGUGCUCAAUCGGGGUAUGGAAAUUGUUCAAACCAUGAACAGUGACCCUGGUUUGGCCAUAGGCUACACAGCCUUUAACGGGGUAGACUUUGAAGGGACGUUCCACAUCAACACAGCCACAGACGAUGACUACGUGGGCUUCAUCUUCGGUUACCAGGACUCGUCCAGCUUCUACGUGGUCAUGUGGAAACAGACGGAGCAGACCUACUGGCAGUCGCUGCCUUUUAGGGCCAUGGCUCAGCCAGGCCUGCAACUAAAGGCAGUGAAGUCACGUACGGGUCCAGGCGAGUACCUCCGGAACGCCCUGUGGCACACGGGCGACACCCCGGGCGAGGUCACCCUGCUGUGGAAGGACCCCCGGAAUGUGGGGUGGAGGGACAAGACAUCCUACCGCUGGCACCUCAGCCACCGCCCGCAGGUGGGCUACAUCAAAGUGAAACUGUAUGAAGGCAUGACAUUGGUGGCAGACUCAGGCGUGCUGGUGGACACUUCAAUGAGGGGCGGGAGGCUGGGCGUCUUCUGCUUCUCCCAGGAGCAAAUCAUCUGGUCCAACCUGGGCUAUCGCUGCAACGAUACUGUACCAGAGGACUAUGAGUUCUACCGCAAGCAGAUCCACAUCAGGGUCUGA